CAUGCUUCUGUGUGUUCUUAAUCCUUAAACCAUUUGCAGCCUGGACACCAAACAAGGACGGCGAUCUCCUCAUCAACCAAGCAGAGAGACCCACAUUGAACCCAAAUCAUGAAAAUGAGCUUCUUUGGCAAACUAAAGAACAUCGGCCCUCCUCCGGCACCACCUCGAAGGACAGGCCAAAGCGAUGCAUUUGGGAGGAGACAACAGACGUUUCAGGAAGAGGAAGGAGACAUGUAUGAAGCGCCGCCUUGUGGGCGCCCAGCUGUCAACGUCGCACAGAAACAAGUCGAAGAAAACGUUUAUAUGGAAAGAACAACCAGCUCUUCGAUUCCUCAAAGAAUGGCCGCACCACCACCGAGGCUCGGCACCAGACCUCAGAAGCCUCUGCAGCAGCCUAAAGUGUCUGGCGUUGAUUCCAACACCAAGAAGCCACCUGAGGUUGACAGAAACGAGAAGCCGGGCAGGAAAAAGAUGACACCUCCUCCGGCACCUGCAGCUCUCUUUCUUACAUCAGACAUGGAGGAAGAUGUUUAUCUCAAUCCAAAUGAAGAACAGGGGGAUGAUGAUGACCUCUAUUUAGAACCAGCAGCUGCUUGCCCGCCGGGUCCCCGAGGCCUGAUUAGAAUUUCUUCAUCUACCAAGACGUCACUCACGUCUUCACCCAUAAUGAAGCCUCCAGUUCCCAGAGCAAAAUCUAAUUCCUUCCUGCCUUCCUUGAUUGAGGUAAAGACAGCUCCUACUUUUGAAGCAAGAGCUGCCACCUUUCCCUCCAAACCACCCCCAACAAUGCCAGGUUUUAAGCCCCCUCUCCCAGCCAUGCUAAGCCCUCUAAAUCCUCGCUUAACGGAUAUGAAGCAUGCAACUUUUGGUGGAGCAAGAGUAACUGAAGGGACAGAGAAUGAGGAUCCAGUGUGGUUUGCAGGAAAUUGUGACAGGAAGACAGCAGAGGAUCUCUUGUUGAGAAUCAAUACGGACGGCACUUUCCUCAUCAGACACAGCUCGGGCCAGACAGCCCGCCAACCUUUCACCCUUGCUGUGCUCUACCAGCAGAAGGUUUACAAUGUUCCCAUCCGCUUCCUGGAGGAGAUGCAAGGUUUUGCUCUGGGAAAAGAGGGCAAGAAAAGCGAAGAGGUUUUCCGCAGCCUGGAUGAGAUGGUGAUGCACCACAAGGUGUACCAGCUCUAUCUGAUAGACAGCAAGAGCCAAGCCAAACACGCUGUUUUUUUAACUCACUCUGCACGCCCUUAGAGCCUACAGUUUCAUUCUUGCACUUAAAGGGGAACAUUAUCACCAGACCUAUGUAAGCGUCAAUAUAUACCUUGAUGUUGCAGAAAAAAGACCAUAUGUUUUUUUAACCGAUUUUCGAACUCUAAAAGGGUGAAUUUGGUGAUUUAAACGCCUUUCAAUUGUUCACUGUCGAAGCGAUGAUCUUUCACCAGUGACAUUACAAUGGGAAGCCAUUUUCUCAAACACAUAACACACACAAGUCAAAUCAGCCGUUAUGUUUUGUUUUUUCGACUGUUUUCCGUACCUCGGAGACAUCAUGCCUCGUCAGUGUGUUGUCGGAGGGUGUAACAACACGAUCAGGGACGGAUUCAAGUUGACUUACAUGGAAUGUGCAUCGAUUAGCACGGCUUGCUAAUCGAUGCUAACAUGCUAUUUAGGCUAGCUGUACGUACAUAUUGCAUCGUUAUGCCUCAUUUGUAGCUAUAUGUGCAUCCAGCCUUUCCCUCCACCCACAUUUAAUGCCAAACAAACACAUACCAAUCGACGGAUUCAAGUUGCACCAGUGUCAAAAGAUGGGAAAGUCCCUCGUUUGUUCUGCACAUUUUACCGACGACAGCAAUGUGACAGAGAUGUGUGGAUAUCCUGCGACACUCAAAGCAGAUGCAUUUCCAACGAUAAAGUCAACGAAAUCACAAAGGUGAAUUUUGUUGAUGUUAUUGACUUAUGUGCUAAUCACACAUAUUUGGUCACGGCAUGACUGCAAGCUAAUCAAUGCUAACAUGCUAUUUAGGCUAGCUGUAUGUACAUUUGUAGCUAUAUUUGCAUCAAGCCUUUCCUUCCAUCCACAUUUAAUGCCAAACAUACACUUACCAAUCGACGGAUUUAAGUUGCUCCAGUGGUCAAAAGAUGCAAUCGUUGGUUAGAAGGCGAUCCCCGAAUAGCUUCAAUAGCUAUUCGCUCAAUAGCUUCAUUUUUUUUCUUCAAUUUCGUUUUCGCUAUCUGCCUCCACACUCCAACCAUCCGUUUCAACACAUGCGUAAUUUGUUGAAUCACUUAAGCCGCUGAAAUCCGAGUCUGAAUCCAAGCUAAUGUUGCUAUAUCGUUCUGUGCUAUCCACCAUGUUUGUUUGUAUUGGCGUCACUAUGUGACGUCACAGGAAAAUGAACGGGUGGAUUUACAGAUAGCGAAAAUCAGGCACUUUAAAGCCUUUUUUCGGGAUAUUCCGUGAUGGGUAAAAUUUUGAAAAAAACUUCGAAAAAUAAAACAACCCACUGGGAAUUGAUUUUUAUUGGUUUUAACCCUUCUGAAUCUGUGAUAAUGUUCCCCUUUAAAGUUUCUGCAGAAUCUACAGGCAAUCAGAUGACUUGUCACGUGAAAGCUGCUAACCAGGAGACAUCAAUCUGAGCUCACAGGCUAUAUUAUGAGGUACUCAAACACAAGAUAAUCACAUUAAGAACCAGAAAUGUUUGCAAAAAAAAUCUGGUUUUGCAAAGAUAGCUUGUCUCUUGCAUUGAAUAUCUUUGGAUUGUUCCUGCAGGUGUUCCUAAAGAAGUGUAUGUAAUUGCACUAUUUUUGUAACAGUGCUUGACAAACUAUUAUGCAGUGGAUUUCUUCACAACUACAGUUACAAAAACACUAAUAAACAUUGUUGAAUUGUC